AUGACCCUGACGAAAGGUUCCUCCACCUACUCCAGUGGCGAGGAAUAUCGUGGCGAGUGGAAGGAGGGCCGCAGACACGGUUUUGGUCAACUGAUGUUUGCAGAUGGUGGCACCUACCUGGGUCAUUUUGAGAACGGGUUCUUUAAUGGCUUCAGGGUGCUGAUCUUCUCAGAUGGCUCCAGGUACGAGGGGGAGUUCGCCCAGGGCAAGCUUAACCGCGUCGGCGUCUUCAUUCGACACAACAACUUGACCUUUGAGGGGGAGUUUAAAAAUGGCAGAGUAGACGGUUCUGGCCUGCUGACUUUCCCUGAUGGUUCUCACGGAAUCCCCCACAACGAAGGCCUGUUUGAGAACAACAAGCUUCUGCGGCGGGAGAAGUGCUCGGCUGUAGUACAGCAGGCCCAGAGCGCAUCCAAGUCAGCCAGGAAACUCAUGGCCUGA